UGCUCCAGGCAAUCUGCGCCGACGCGGACAACCCUGGCGAGAGGAAUCGAAGGUGACAGCGUUGGCCAGCCAUGCCGAUCCCCUGCUCACGCCCCUAAAGUGGAGCCCCCCAUCUCAAGUGCACAUUCAUCAAUCAUCAUGACGGCUCUGCAUUCCUCUCACUACACGACGUCUACGACUACGACUACGACUAAGACCACCGUCGCGGCUCUAUUCAAAGCUGGCUGCGAUCCCUCCACUCUUUACUGCAACGGCAUCGACGACAAUGGCCGCGGCCCACACUUAUCCCUAAUCAUACCGGGCCUGGAUGGCUCCUACCCUCGUUCUCGCCUUGCCAACGAUCAGUGUUCAUCAUAUUACUACUACCACUGCGCCAGUUGCCUCCACAACCGCUAUCCUUACCAACACCAACACAGUCAAUCGCGCUCCCUGCUCACCCACGCCCCAAUGGCGACGCGGACCCUUUAUUCUUAUAGCACCAACCAUCACUCGUCUUCUGCAACAGCGAAUCACGGCGGUGGCGCCGAAGCAGUGUGCACACUCCACGAAGUCUCCUCUCCCGGAUCACCACCUGAACUGACAAACUCGAAGUCCAGCAAGAGCUCCUCCUUUCACUCGUCUAGCCUGUCCGACGCCAUCAACAACGACCUCGCUCAUUUUGAGGAUGUGACCCUGGACGACUUUGGCGAACAGUAUAUACGAAAAAUGGCAGACACCCACGUCAAGCCGCGGCCCAACACAGGUGCCCGCUUGCUUCCCUCCUCUUCGACCGUCCGUGCCAGGGAUCUGACGAGCACAAAACACAGCGGAUUUUCACAGUCUCGUCUGGGAGGCUCUCCCGUCGUCCCCGAUCGUGAGUCGAUCGCACAGCAGAUGAGUUUGAACAUCCCACCCAAACAGUUGUCUAGGCGACGCAGGCCCAGACCACCCCAACCCAAUUCGCUCCUCACCAGUUUCCAGAACAAGCGUUCUCGUUCCACCAGCCCGGUCUCUUCCCUAGGGAACGACGGUCGCAGCUCAAGCCAGGGACGUCUGUCCGUUGGGACAAGCCCCCGACCUGGGAGCUUCGAGAGUUUUGCACAUGCUCGCCGGCAGUCGUGGCAGCCCGGCCGACGAAAGACGGUCAAGGAACUGGAGGACGAGUAUGACGAUUUGGACGAGGACCUGCCGGAAGAUGCUGUUAUCUGGAACGUGCCCAUCUCACCCCGGCCACCACAGGAGCGCGAAAAGUCGCGCAGUCCGAGGCAGUCGUGGUCUUCGACCAGCCAUUCUCCCGUAGACGUGGGGCGUGGGUUGGGGCUCGACUUUUCGCAGUCGGCGAAUCCAAUGCCGGUGCAGAAGCCCCCGCGAUCACCGCGAUUGUCCAGCCUGCCGCGAAGCGUGUCGAUGACCUCGAUUCCGGAGGACUACUCCCUCAAUCCUCGGUCCGGUGUCAAGUCCUGGGACGCGACUAUGUCGGAUUUGUCGGCCGAGGCGCGGAUGUUGACGCAGGUGUUAGAGGAACGCGCUGAGGAGCGGGAGAGGGAGGCGGAACGCACAAUACAGAACGGCGGCAGUCCAUCGAAGCACAAUGCAAAAAGAGCAGUUUCAGCCUCAACAAUCGAGCUGCCGCCCAUGCGCCGCGGCGAGCUCAUGAUUGAUCCGCUGCCCGUGAGCAAGGAGAAAGAAAAGUUCCUGACGCGCACACGGCCUAGCUGGCUCCCUCCCAAAGAUCCUGAAGAAGAGAAGAGACAUCUCAGAGAAUAUCAGAAGAUGAUGGCCAAGUCCCUCGAGGCAGAGAAGAGGAAAGCGCGGCAGCAGCAGGUCGAGCAGUACAAGCGGGACCACGCGAAAGAAUCGAUUGCUCGCGUGUGGCAAGAAAACGUGCUCCCCAACUGGGAUGAGCGAAUCAAAGACCCGAAGACGAGAGACCUCUGGUGGAAAGGUGUCACACCGCGCGACCGUGGACAUGUUUGGGCCAAGGCUGUGGGUAACGAGCUGGGUCUCUCGGAGUCGAGCUAUAACCUGGCCCUUGAGCGAGCUAAGGCAGUGGAGCGGAGGCUGGCCGCUCUUGGAGAACAGGAAGCGGAGAAGGAAAAGGAGUGGAGAUGGUUUAGCGCCAUCAGACAAGACGUGAAGGAGGCGUUCCCGGAGCUGAAGAUCUUCCAGCCAGAAGGACCGCUGCACGAUACGCUCAUUGAAGUGCUCAUGGCGUACGCGAUGUACCGGUCCGACGUUGGCUAUGUCUACGGCAUUCAUUUCCCAGCCGCGCUUCUCAUUCUCAACUUGUCCGGCCCCGCCGCUUUCAUUACACUGGCGAACAUAUUUAAUCGCCCCAUUCCUGCGGCAUUCCUCACGUCCAACUCAGCCUCCAUGUCAGCCGCGUACAAAGCAGUUCUUAGUCUACUUGAGAAGAAAAUCUCUGUUUUGCACGCGCACCUGACGAACCCUCAGCUCGAGCUUUCGCCCGACUCGUACCUCGGACCCUUUUUUCAGUCGCUGUUCUGCAGCCAGCGUUUCGGUAUGGAUAUCGCGUCGCGCAUCUGGGACGUCUACGUUUUCGAGGGCGAAGAUGAGACGCUCAUUCAUGCUGCGUGUGCCACACUGGCAAAACUCGAGGGCAAGUUGUACGGCAGCAGGGAUGAGAUUCUUGAUGCGCUCUCCGAGAAGCAGUACAGCCUCGGCAAAGAGGAUGACUUCAUGGAUCUCGUUCGACAGCUGGGGAACAAGAAGGAUGACAAGCGGCCGAAUUCAUGGUAGAUGGUCGCUCUCAUCCUCUUUCACCCUUUGCCAUUCGUAAAUGCCGAACGCCGGACCGGCGUCAUUAUCUUACUUUCUUUCCAAACUCCACCAUGGUAGUCAUCCUCAAAUCCUGCACAUUCUCACUUGUAUAGCGAUGACGAACCUUAAAGCGCUUAUGGUUCUCUCUCGGGCAGAUCCCGCUGAGAUGACUUGUCGGUUGGGAAUCAUGUUUCAGCUCAUUUGUAGAACGACUUUUUUUUCGUGUCUCCUUUCUCACUCUUCAGCUCCAUCACUGUGAGAAAGGGGGUGGGUGUUUGUUCUUGUACAUAUGUGUACAUUUUCUUUAAUCCUUCUUUUCUUCUUACCUACUCAUGACUGCCUCUGACACGGCGUUGCAUAGACCGAAUUCUCUUUUAGCUUUUACUGGAAACACCAAGUAUGGAGAAGGCGAAAAUGUGAGCGACACUAAUAGACUGUGGAUAAUGAAGACGUUAUUGCUAUACGGUACCUUACAGAGUGAACUGG